UGUUUUAAAAACGUGAAAGACUAGCCAUGAACGACUCCUCUGAUUCGGAAUACGAGGAUACGGAAUAUCUGGUUUAUGGAGACUUCAAAAACAACAUUCCGUCGCAGCAGCUCAAGCAUGAGAAUGCGGCUAUAAAGGUCAUUGGCAUCGAGAGCGACACUCCCAUGGCGGAAGUAAAUGGAAACUUUUACAAGGGUCACUACGAGCAGUCUGUGGGAACUCUAUUAUUUUUCGAUAAAGAAAAGGAUAACGUGGUCAGUGAUCCUUUGUACGAGUCCACUUGUCGCCAGCGGUUCAAAUACGUCGACAAGUCUACAAAGAUUAUAACCUUUGAACGUAUAUACAUCGAGAACUGGCCCUUGGAGGCCGGCAAACCGUCUAAACCCGAGGAAGGUGAUCAGACAAACGCAGAAAAACAAUCUCUCAAGUUGAACAUAAACUACAAAGAAGCUAUCAACAAGUUUGGGGAGGAGACUUAA